AUGUCUUCCAACCCAGAGCUCCAGGCCCCCAAUAAGCUGGUCGAGCAAAUCGUCCGUACUCCGGGCCGCCAACCCUCUCCCCAGCCCACGCAUCUGAGCGUACCCGGCACCAACCAUACUCGGAUUCUGCACGAGCAGGGCAGCGGAUAUGUGGCUCCCAAAUUUGAGGGCAAGGCGAAGCAGAUGGAGGAGGUCAUGGACCAGCUCGAGGAAAAGGGCUUCAUCCCUCCUGAUUUCGUGGAGUCGGAGACCAAUUGGUUCUACCAAGAACUUGGCAUCGAUGACAUGUACUUUGAGACCGAGACCGUAGACAACAUUGUCAACCAUAUUCUGUCCCUCUACGCCGCCAAGAUUGCCGCCUAUGCUCGUGAUGACAAGCGCCUCGAGAUUCGUCUGGACAAGGAGGCCACCGACCAUGCCGUCUACAUUGACACAAGCAAGCCCGGUGUCAGCAUCAUGGAUGGACCCCGCUACGAACAGCGCAUCGAUGAGAAAUAUCUUGAUCCGUCGUUGGGCGGCAACAGCUACCGUGUCGAGACCUUUCGUUCAGCCGGUGUGCUGCCGGGCGAGCAGGAGAACCAGUUGCGCUGCUACUUUGUCUACCAAUGCGAGUUCGUCAACCCGAAUCCGGGACCGCAAGAAACCAACAUUGAGCUCAUUGGCGACAAAACCUUCUUGAAGAAGGCGACCGCCAACACCAAGGCCAUCUAUGAGGAGAUUAUCAAAAAUGCCGUCACUCGGUCCGGCCCAGUGAUUGAAAUGUUUGACAUUGAAGGUCGUCGGGACAAGCGCCUGGUUGUGGCCUAUCGCCAGAGCAGUGCACACGGUAUUUUUAGUGCACUCAGUGACUUGUACCAUUACUAUGGAGUGACGUCGUCGAGAAAAUAUGUUGAGCAAUUCUCCAACGGCGUGACUGUCAUGUCCCUCUAUCUCCGCCCUCUGCCCGUGACCGCUGCAUCUUCCAAGUUUCCUCCCAUUGAAGCUUCAAUCCACCAGAUUAUGAAAGAGGUUUCUUUGCUGUACUGUAUUCCGCAGAACAAAUUCCAGGCCCACUUCGCCAGUGGCCAAUUGAGCUUGCAGGAGACCAUCUACGCACACUGCGUUUGGGUCUUUGUUCAACAUUUCCUGAACCGUCUUGGCUCCGAAUAUACCUCCUUGUCCUCGAUGCUUGAUACCGGCAACAGUGUCCACGCUGAAGUCCUUGCCAAGAUCAAGCGUCGUCUGCGCACGGAGACUUUUACUGCCGAGUACAUUCUUGAAAUUAUCAGCCGCUACUCCAACCUGGUGCGGCCUCUGUACCUUGCGUUUGCCAACACCCACUAUGUGCAAACGCGCGGGGAGAGGGAUGACUUUCUCCCGACGCUGAGCUACCUGCGUUUGCAGGUAGACAAGGUCUUGAACGAUUCGGAGCUCAAGGACCUGAUCUCCAAAUCGGUGGCUAACGAGCACGAUGAAAUGGUGAUGACGGCGUUCCGUGUCUUUAACGCUAGUGUUUUGAAAACAAACUUUUAUACCCCCACAAAAGUUGCUUUGAGCUUCCGUUUGAAUCCUGCUUUCCUUCCCAAGGCCGAAUACCCUCAGCCGCUCUACGGCAUGUUUUUGGUCAUUUCCUCGGAGUUUCGUGGUUUCCACUUGCGUUUCCGUGACAUUGCCCGCGGUGGCAUCCGAAUUGUCAAGUCGCGAAACCGAGAGGCGUACUCGAUCAACGCUCGAUCCUUGUUUGACGAAAACUAUAAUUUGGCAAACACCCAGCAGCGCAAGAACAAGGACAUUCCCGAGGGCGGCUCCAAGGGUGUCAUUCUCCUGGAUGUGCACCAUCAGGACAAGGUCCGUGUAUCAUUCGAAAAGUACAUUGACAGUAUUAUGGACCUGCUGUUGCCACCCACUAGUCCUGGUAUCAAGGACCCGAUUGUCGAUCUUCACGGUCAGCAAGAGAUUCUCUUCAUGGGUCCGGACGAGAAUACCGCCGACUUGGUUGACUGGGCGACUGAGCACGCCCGAAGCCGAGGUGCACCUUGGUGGAAGUCCUUCUUCACUGGAAAGAGCCCCAAGCUUGGUGGUAUCCCGCACGACACCUAUGGAAUGACGACUCUGUCUGUUCGGGAAUACGUCAAGGGCAUCUAUCGAAAGCUUGAAAUUGAUCCGUCCACGGUGAGGAAGCUGCAAACUGGUGGCCCUGAUGGCGACCUUGGUUCCAAUGAGAUUCUCUUGGGCAAUGAAAAGUACACUGCUAUCGUCGAUGGUUCGGGUGUACUCGUAGAUCCUCAGGGUCUGGACCCGGAAGAGCUGCUUCGCCUCGCCAAGGAGCGAAAGAUGAUUUCGCACUUUGACGUUUCGAGACUGUCUGGUGAAGGCUACCGCGUGUUGGUUGAACAGACCAACAUCAAACUGCCUAAUGGCGAGCAGGUGCACAAUGGCAUGACGUUCCGUAACACUUUCCACUUGCGCACCGACAUGCGUUACGACGUGUUCGUUCCUUGCGGUGGACGGCCGGAGUCUAUUGAUCUCAGCACUGUUGGCAAGCUCAUUGCGCAUGGCAAGACGACGAUUCCUUACAUUGUCGAGGGUGCCAAUCUGUUCAUCACCCAGGAUGCCAAGCUGCGCCUAGAAAAGGCCGGAUGCAUUCUCAUCAAGGAUGCGUCGGCGAACAAGGGUGGUGUGACAUCGUCGUCGCUCGAGGUUCUCGCUUCAUUGUCGUUUGACGAGGCUGGCUUCGUUGAAAAUAUGUGUAUUCGGGAAGACGGCACUGCGCCGAGCUUCUACAAGGAAUACGUCACGGAGGUGCAGGAGACGAUUAAGCGGAACGCCAUGCUCGAGUUUGAGGCCAUUUGGCGCGAACACAAGGAGACGAAGCAGCCGCGGAGUAUCCUCAGUGAUAACCUCAGUUGGGCAAUUACCAAGCUCGACGAGGAGCUGCAGAAGACGGAUCUGUGGGACAAGCAAGACCUGCGCCGGUCAGUCCUGCGGGACGCUUUGCCCAAUUUGCUCCUUGAGAAGGUUGGACUGGACACUAUUAUUGAGCGGGUGCCUGAAAACUAUCUCCGUGCCAUCUUUGGUAGCUACCUCGCCAGCCGCUUCGUGUACCAAUUCGGCAGCAGCCCAAGCCAAUUUGCUUUCUUUGAUUUGUAA